AUGUCGAGGCUUCGCCUUUCCAGUACCCCUGUUGCAAUUAUCCUUGUGACCCAGGCAGGAUUUCUGCUCUUUCUAUAUGCUCAGCACAGUGGCAUUGUUCCUCGGUCUGUAGAAAAGUCUGACCAGGUGCAUGUGCACGUGCUCAUCCUCUCCUCUUGGAGGUCGGGAUCCUCUUUUGUGGGGCAACUCUUCAGCCAGCACCCCAAUGUCUUCUACCUGAUGGAGCCAGCCUGGCACGUGUGGACAGUCAUGAACCAGAACAGCGCCAAGGUCUUACAGAUGGCAGUGCGAGAUCUCGUCCGGUCAGUCUUCAAGUGUGACAUGUCUGUCUUCGAUGCCUACAUGCCUUGGAAGAGAAAUAGAAACUUGUCUGACUUGUUCCGGUGGGCCGCGAGCCGGGCAUUAUGCACAACUCCUGCUUGUGAAUUCUUUCAGCGUACUAAUAUUACCAGUGAAAGGUUUUGUGGGACUCUCUGUGGCAAGCAACCCUUCAGCAAAGCGGAAGAGGCCUGCAGAUCUUACAGCCAUGUUGUCCUAAAGGAAGUCCGUUUCUUUGACCUCAAGGUGCUCUACCCGCUCCUCGCUGACCCCUCCCUGAAUCUCAAAAUCAUCCACCUGGUCCGGGACCCCAGGGCUGUUGCGAAGUCUCGGGAACAGUCUGUUGAAGGCCUUGCCCGUGACAAUGAAAUCAUUGUGGGCAGCAGAGUGGAUGACGGCCAGUAUAAAGCCCUGAGGGAAAUCUGUAAAAGCCAUGUGCAGAUCUAUGAAACGGCUACUCAGAGACCUCCAUUGUUUUUAAAGGAUCGUUACUUAUUGCUCCGAUUUGAAGACCUUGUGCGAGAUCCUCUAGUGGAAAUUGCUGCAAUGUAUAAAUUUGCAGAUCUUUCAUUGACUCAGGACCUUGAAAACUGGAUCUAUAAUAUUACACAUGGACAAGGAAUCGGUGGGAAGAACGAGGCCUUCCAGAUCACUUCUCGAGAUGCGGUCAAUGUCUCCCAGGCAUGGAGAAAUGUUUUUUCAUUUCAGAAAGUCCAGAGAGUGCAAGAGAUUUGCAGAGAUGCCUUGAAUAUAUUUCAUUAUCAAGUUAUCAAUUCGGAGAUAGAGCAGAGAAAUUUGUCUUUAGAUUUAGUAUUGCCACAUCAAAGAACCCAAUUUAGUUGGGCAUCCUCUAAUAAAAGCUAG